AUGACAAGCACCCUACCCCCUAUUGUCCAGGCUUUCUCUGGAGCUAUAGGAAGUGUCUCUGCAAAUACUUUAACAUACCCUCUCGAUCUUGUAACAACAAGAUUGCAAUUGGAUUCACCUCAAAAGAGUAGACGACGCGGCGGAAUCUACGGCGCAGCUCUGACUUUCAGACGCAUAUUCAGGGACUAUGGAUUGGAUGCAUUUUACGAUGGCCUGUGGGCAGAUUCAUGUGCCACAUUACUAGCAAAACCUUCUAAAACACGAUCUUCAGGGCUAUACAAACCAUCAAUGUUUGAGGAACUGGUUCUGGGUUUCAUAGCCGGAGUUGCUUCUCGAGCUGUAUCCACUCCGCUCAACAUUGUAACCCUCAAACUUCAAACAGAACGCGAAGACGAGGAGGAGGAAAGUGCCAGCUCAAAGUCAAUGGGGAUGAUUGAUGUCGUAAAAUCCAUCUACAAGCAGCAGGGUCUUGCAGGGUUUUGGCGCGGUAAUGUCUUUGGCUCCUACAUAGAGAUGGAAUGGGGCUAA